CAUGUAGUAUUUGCUGCCAGUCAGUUGGUAUAUUUCAGCACAACAUUUUGUGGUCACACUGGGCAGAUUCUGAAAAAGAAUAUCUUAUUAUUUUUUGUGUAGCGUGAAUAUAUUUCGAAUAAUCCGAUCACAAUGACUGCCUGGAGAGCUGCCGGAAUUACCUACAUCCAAUAUUCCAACAUCGCCGCUCGCGUUCUGCGUGAGGCCUUGCGGACGGAACUGCGUGUGGAUGCCGCCAAACGCGACGCCAGCCAUGUCAAGUUCACGCCCUGGGCAAAUGGCAGGCCUGCACAUGAAAAGGCUUAAAAGUGUUCCGUCAACAAAUUAAUAGUUUCAAAACUGGCAGCGCCAAACCACCCAAUCGGAAUCGUAGAUGCUUUUCAGUGGCCCGUACGAAUGUUUUGCACCUAAAGUAACAUCUGUCAAUGCUGCCUGCAAUGAUUCCAAAAACGAAAAAAUUUAAAUAAAAUUUGAAUUGUUCAAACAAG